AUGUUUAACUCGGUCAACCUGAGCAACUUUUGUUCGCAAUCGCGCAAAGAGAGGACUACAGAAUUUGGAGACCGUGGAGGCUGCGCUUCCAACCUGUACCUCCCCAGCUGCACUUAUUAUGUCCCUGAAUUCUCCACUGUGUCUUCCUUCUUGCCCCAGGCCCCUUCUCGGCAGAUCUCUUACCCCUAUUCCACUAACCUCUCCCAACCCGUGCGGGAGGUAUCCUAUGGUCUAGACCCCUCUAGUAAAUGGCACCCUAGAAGCAAUUACGCCUCCUGCUACCCUGCAGCUGAGGAUCUCAUGCACAGAGAGUGCCUCCCUCCUUCUUCCAGCAUGACCGAAAUGCUAAUGAAAAACGAAAGCGUGUACAGCCACCACCACCACCAUCACCACCAUCACCACCCCAAUUCCAACCAUCCUUCCACAGGAUUCUACACCAGUAUGAGCAAGAACUCGGUGCUGCCACAGGGAUUUGAUCGCUUCUUUGACAAUGCCUACUGUGGGACUGAUUCCCAGACUGAGGACUGUGCCCCCAAGAGCGAUGGCAAGCUGGACACUGACCCCCAGGCUAGUGCUCUGUCAAGCGGAGCCGAACCAGGGCUAGACCCGGAAGACGAGGAGGAGAACACCAACCCCGGCUCGUCAGCUUCAUCCUCCUCUAUCACCAACAAGGAGACGAGCAAAGGCAGCAGCAACUCCAGUGCCCCCCGCACAAGGAAGAAGCGGUGCCCCUAUUCCAAAUUCCAGAUUCGAGAGCUGGAAAGAGAAUUUUUUUUCAACGUAUAUAUAAAUAAAGAGAAGAGGCUGCAGUUGUCUAGAAUGCUAAACCUCACUGACCGCCAGGUUAAAAUAUGGUUCCAAAACAGGAGAAUGAAAGAGAAAAAGCUAAGCAGGGACCGGCUGCAGUACUUUUCUGGAAAUCCAUUGCUGUGA